UUAAAAAUAAAAUUUCCGAAGAAUUGAAAGUGUCGGAUGGUGUAUAUUUUGUUUGGUCCUAACUUAACAAGUUUAAAUUUCUUAAUCGAAUUAGUAUUUGAUUUCAUGUAUGCUAAUUAUGUUUGGACUCAUCCAUGUAAAAUUAAAAUUCUCAAGAUAUGUCACUGCUAUCAACCUUCACAAAAAGAGGAAAAAACAAACACAGGAAAAAUGAGUACAGCAUGCAAAAGCGAUUUUUUUUUCUGAAAAAGAGAAAAACAAAGCAUGCAAUGGGUCGAAGAACAAGAAAAUGCUGCGAACAAAUCACAAAAAAAAAACAUGCAAUGUGCUGAAGAAUAAGCAUCUGUAGAAAAUGCUGCAAACAGAUCACCAAUCACCAUAAAUUCCUCAGCACUACUACUGGAUAAUUAGGUAGAAGAAAGUACUCCUUCUCAAGCCUCUAGUCUAUGACACUCAAUACGUUGUCAAAAUAAAGGGAUCAAAUUGAAUUCCUUCCUGAUCUCAAUAAUGUAAUCGGAGAAAAACCAGACAUCGGAACCAGGAACACAUCACAGGAACAUAAAGUUCAGGAAAGGACAAAACAAAUCAAAUCUAAGCCUCUUUACGACAACCAUAAGUCAUCACAGCCAUAUUUUAUGCCCAGAAUCCGACACAGUUGUAACAGUAGAUUUGUAGCCUUAAAUCCUGUGUUCUCCAGUGCCGUGAUCUUUCCUUUUCCAAAAGCAAGGUGGAACACGAUGAUGACUUCGUCAUGGCCACGUGAAGCAAGGAACAGUCUGCCCUUUUCCACCUCCUUUUCUUCUCUUUCAAUUAUGCGAGGCAAAAGGACACAGUCUUCCUUGUUCUCCUCCACAAAACACUCGCAGAUCAGAGACUUAACCCACAGUGCAGCAGAGUUGGGUUACAGUCCCGGCUGCGUUGUGUGUGUGUGUGUGUAUAUGUGAGUGUGUGUGUGUGUGUGUGUGUGAGAGAGAGAGAGAGAGAGAGAGAGAGAGGGAGAGAUGAGAAUUCUGCAGAAGCUGAAGCUGCUGGUGGUACAGUGCGCUGCAGCCAGAAGCAGCACCGGCAGCGACGUCCGCUCCUUUAACAUCCGGCAACGAUGGAGGCCGGCGAAGAAGCUCUACGUCUUCUCCAAGUUUCGUCGGCUGCUCCGCCGAGGGGUUUGCUCCGAAGAUGAGCAGCCGAGCUUGGAGGAGAGCAAGGGGAUGAUGAAACAGAGGCUACUGGAUCUGUUUGCUUCCUCGCAGUCGGUGGAAGACGAAGGCGGCAGCAGCAACAGCAGCGGUGGCGACGACGGGCGGGCAGUGGAAGCGCUCACGGCCCGCCGUGGUGGCAGAGCUUGGAGGUUUAGGUCGGCGGCGGGUCUCCGGUGCCGGUUGCUGCGGAGGGCUUGGCGACCUGUGCUGGUUGCUAUUCCGGAGAGUGACUGACAUUACUACGUGUAGUCCAUGCAAAUGCCCUUUCCUCUGGAUGUGUUGUUGAUUCCAUGCCGAAGCAUUUAAGCUCAAGACGAUCAUAGAAAGGUCUUGUUCAUGUAGCAUCUUUGAUCACCAUGGAUUAAGGCUGUGUACUGCUUGGUGACAGAUUGAAGCAUAAGACACCUGUGUGAACUCAUUUUGGGUAACUAAGAUUGCAACACGGCACAGUUAAUCUUCCCCGAGCACACAAUCCUGUAGAAUGCAGUGCACUCUGACGAGAGCUCAGCCGGAGAUCUCGACGAGCUUCACCUCCUCUUCGGCUACGGUCACGGUGAGAAUUCCGUUCUCCAUGGACGCCUUCGCCUGGUCCACCUUGGCGUUCUCCAGCAGUCGGAACCUACCGCUGCUUCGCUCGACGCGGUACCACCUGUCGUUCUUUUUCUCCUCCACCUUGUCCCUGCUGCGCUCGCCGCUAAUUUGGAGAACCCUGCCUUCCCCCUCCUCCUCCAUUCCCGGUAG